AUGCCGUGGGCCAGUCUACGCACAGCAUCAGCGUUGCUGUGUGCGCUCCUGACAUUUGGCCAACCGGCCUCAGCUCUUGUUACAUCAUCUGAAGACCGAGCAGCAGCUCUGAACUCUCCUGAUGUCUUCUUUUCAGAGCUCAAACCUUGUCCAGCGGCGUGUUCGAGCCGUAGCCCUCAAGACUGGACAGUCUAUGCCUCCUUCGAUCGGUUUGCCCUCUGCCAUGAACCGAUGCUUUUCGACUUUGCAAUUCAUACGCCGGUGAAAGAUGCAUCCAGGCCUUUGAGGUUCCGUGCUUGCACAGCCGGAGAUGGCUGGGAUGAAAGCAGCAACACCAAAGCUAUCAGUGACUCGAUUGAUUUGGUAUACGAUAGCAGCCAUUUUCGUGAAACCAAGGUUACGAUGCACGUCACCCACCAGGCUUCCUCUCCAAAGGCUGCUAGUGCCUCAUCUGAAAAGAUUAGCCAGAAGGCGCACACCGCCCUCAAGCAUGUCCAGGAGUACUUAAAGGCAGGCACAGAUUGCACUAAGAAUAUCAUGCUGGCUUACAACGAUGGAGUGAUUGCUGGCGUCUACGCGGGCCAGGCGUUUGGAAAAGGCACAGCCCCCUCGGGAAUUGACAAGCUCCUGUCUAGUCUUGAUGGGGCUUCUUCCACUACCGUCGUACAGCUCUGCGGCAGCCAGCGCGAUGCAGACCACGUCCUUGGUAUUGCAGUCUCGCCUGCCGCAGACCUAAACGCCGUACAGGACGCACUGGUGUCGUGGAGUAAAGGCAACUGCUCGAGUGGCACCGGCAAGGCCAGCUCGGUGUCGUUCAGUGCCUUGGAGGUGCCGCAACGCCAAGGAGGAGCGCACGCUGGGCCUUCGAACUCCACGGCCCAUGUGGACCUCCAUGCCCGGACUUCUCAGGCCCGAGACCUCGUGGCCCGCGACACAAAGUACUGCAAGAAGAAGACGGUCGUCUCCGGCGACACCUGUCCAUCCCUCGCCAAAGCCUGCGGGAUCAGCCUCGACAAAUUUUACGAGUACAACUCCAAAAGCAUGUGCAAUAACCUCAAGAUCAACUCAAAGGUCUGCUGCUCAGAUGGUGCGCUAAAGCCGCAACCGUACGACAACGGCACUUGCUAUACAUACACGACCCAGCCUGACGACAAUUGCUACGCCAUUGGCCUGAUCUGGAGCAUAACAGCCGACGACCUAGCGGAUUUCAACGACGGCACAACCUGGGGCUGGAACGGCUGCGACAGUCUCUCUGCUGGGCUGAACAUCUGCCUUAGCAAAGGCAACCCUCCAAUGCCGGCUGUUCUUCCAAACGCUGUUUGCGGACCGCAAGUCCCAGAUACAAAAUUCGAUGGGCCCAUUGAAAACGCACAGGACUUGGCUUCACUGAACCCGUGCCCUCUUAACUCGUGUUGCAAUAUCUGGGGCCAGUGCGGUAUCGAUUCUACCUUCUGUACAAAGUCCAAAGGGCCCACGGGGAAUCCUGGCACGUCGAAGCCUGGGAUCUUCGGAUGUGUCUCGAAUUGUGGUACGGACAUUGUGAAUAAUGAUGAAGGGCCUAAGGAGUAUCAGCGUGUUGGGUAUUACGAGAGUUAUAACUGGGACCGCGAGUGUCUGCAUAUGCGUGGCGAGUGGUCGAACACGCUGGACUACACGCAUAUGCACUGGGCGUUUGCAUCGGUGGGCGAGGAUCUGUCAAUCUACGUCAACGAUACUCAUAAUCAAUGGGAUGGGUUCAAGGGGCUGAAGGAUGUCAAGAAGAUUGUGUCUUUUGGCGGGUGGGGGUUUUCGACCGAGCAGUCUACUUACAAAAUCCUUCGCAAGGCUAUGGAACCUGACCAUCGCGAUCGGUUUGUUAAGAAUCUGGUUGCAUUCGCCAAGGACACUGGCGUGGACGGGAUUGAUAUAGACUGGGAGUAUCCAGGGGCCCCAGAUAUCCCUGGUAUUCCGCCCGGUCUAAAAUCAGACGCGCCAAACUACCUUGCCACGCUGGAAGCCCUACGCAAGGAGCUGCCAGACAAGUACUCCAUUUCCAUUGCGGCCCCGGCUUCGUAUUGGUACCUCAAGGCGUUCCCUAUUAAGGAGAUGGCGAAGGUUGUUGACUAUAUUGUGUACAUGGCUUACGACCUUCACGGCCAGUGGGAUAACGGCAACUCGUUCUCACAAUCCGGCUGCCCUGGUGGUAAUUGCCUUCGCAGCCACGUAAAUCAGACCGAAGUGAACCUCGCGCUUUCCAUGAUCACCAAAGCAGGCGUGCAAUCCAAUAAGAUCAUGGUUGGAGAGUCGAGCUAUGGGCGAUCGUUCAAAAUGGCCAAAGCAGGAUGCACCGGCCCAGACUGCUUCUAUGUCAGUACGUCGGAUGGAGAUUCAGCCGCAAAGCCAGGUCGGUGCACGAAUACUGCGGGCUAUAUUGCGGAUGCAGAAAUCAAGGAGCUUAUCUCGCGUGGGGGCGAUUCGGUGAAGACUUGGUAUGAUGAUGAGACAGCAUCGGAUUAUUUGGUUUACAACGAUCUGGAAUGGACGGCGUACCUGGGAUCGAAGACGAAACAGGCGCGACGAGACAGGUGGAAGAAGCUCAACUUUCGAGGCACGAUCGACUGGGCAGUAGAUCUUCAAGAGUUCAAUAUUGCUGAUUUGGUUGGCGAAUCAGGGGACUACGACAAGUCCUCCUGCGUCAAUGUCUUUGACAAUAUGAUCUGGGACUGGGCGAACCCCGUCGUGGAGGCGCCCGUGGGCUGUACGAACCUGAUCCAGGCGUCGCCACUUGCAACGACAGUAACGCGCACUGCAUACACCACGCUGACCCUAGUCUCUGGGAAAUCGCUCAGCACCACCGUCGUGUCCACUGUCUUCCCGAUAUCCGAGGUCAACUACCAGCCGUUUACCAUUGACUCUACCGACACGAAGUCCAGCACCGUCCUGACAUACAAGCCUGUCCCUCGUGUAAACCCGUCCCCCCUGAAAGUCACGGUGCCAAAUGGAUGGACGAUCACGUCCGCUGGCGGCGGGGCUGAUGGCCCAACCUCGACUACAAGCCUGAUUGGAGGUCCGACAUCUACCACUACCACCACUACUACUACCACCGAUGAUGAUGGCGGAUUCCUUUGGAUCGUCACCUGGAAUCCAACGGUAAGCUACAGUCUCCCACCAAUCAUCAAGCCCAAGACCAUUGCGCCCAUUACCAUUCCCAAAGACGAUAACUCUCCAACCCCCACCCCGAACCCCGGCGUCGUCGACUGCGUCGAUAGCAGCUGCACAGUUGGGCCAGACUGCACAGACGAAGACUGCACCCGCGGCGGAGACUGUACUGGGCCCGGCUGUACUCGCGGGGGAGACUGCACCGGUCCCCACUGUAUCCGAGGCGGUGUAUGUAUCGGGGAGAACUGCGAAGGGGGAGGAGGCUGUAAAGGCGAUGGCUGUGUCUCUGGAGGAGGCUGCUCAGGACCCAAAUGCCACCAGGGGGGUCCAUGCAAAGGCGACAAGUGCAACUCCGGCGGCGGAUGCGUCAGUACACCGCUCAAGAAGUGCAGCCCUGGUUCUUGUUCUGGUCCCGGCUGCGGUAUCGACGUCAACUGCCCCGGCUGUGAUAAUCAAAUCGUCAUUACUGUGCGGCCAGCACCGGGCACUGGCCCUAAACCGACGGCGAAGCCGACCUGUGUGACGAACUGCCCGACCUUUAGCCCCUGCGCGGGCGGCGGCUCAUCAUGUAACAAACCCUGCAAUAUGGACAGAUGUCCCCCGAACAGCAUGCCAACGGACAAGGCCUGCACGAGUCUCACCACCGCCAGCGACUGCACCGAGUUCGUCAGCAGCAGCAAGGUCCAGACGGAUCCGGUCAGCUACUCGACCACCACGCGCACGCGGUGCAAGAACAUCUUCGAUUGCGACGUCCAAGAUAUGACUGUGACAACGACCAUAACUACGAAGGAAACCCCGGGCCCCGAGGCUACCGUGUACGCUGUCUACGACUUUGUGGCGGACAGUGUGAACGGGAAGGAUGUAUUCAAGAACCUUGCCUCAGAGUACGAUGAGUGGGAGCGGGAUGCAGAUACUGCGUACCCUACCACCACCACUACCACAACCACAACCAAAAAACCAGACCCCGACCCAACACCGCACGCCGAGUGUGACUUUUGGGAUGAAGGCUGGGGAUGGCGCUUCAAGAUCUUCAAUAUCCGCGCGGUCCGCGAAGGUAGGUCCAAACAUGUUGGUGGUCGAGUGGUUCAAGGCCUUGGAAAAGGAUGGUGUGAAAGUGUGGACGGUCGCUCCUAG